AAGGUCAUUCCGUGAAAACUGAACGGGCAGUGGCGGUGAGUGGUUGAAUUUGAAGGCGGGUGAUGUGAUGGGCGAUGACAGAUCGUCGUUAAUCGUAAUGGCGAACAGAGAAAGAGAUCGAGAGCUUCUCAUUCCAGUCGCCGACUCCGUUAGCGAUGAACCCUCUUCCAAGCCUUCAACCCCUGCCUCUUCUUCUCAUCACUCCGGUCGUGAGACCUUUUACAAGGUUAUUAGGAGCUGGGCUUCAAAGAAGUUCAUGACUGGAUGUGUCAUCCUAUUUCCAAUAGCGAUCACUUUCUAUGUAACAUGGUGGUUUAUUCAUUUUGUGGAUGGCUUUUUCUCUCCAAUUUAUGCUCAACUUGGAAUUAACGUCUUUGGUCUUGGUUUUGUUACUUCCAUAACAUUCAUCUUCGUGGUUGGGGUGUUCAUGUCAUCAUGGUUGGGGGCAUCCAUUCUGGGCCUCGGAGAGUGGUUCAUCAAACGUAUGCCAUUUGUUCGUCAUAUCUACAAUGCCUCCAAGCAAAUUAGUGCCGCCAUAUCUCCAGAUCAGAACAAACAGGCAUUCAAGGAGGUGGCCAUCAUAAGGCAUCCACGUAUUGGUGAAUAUGCAUUUGGAUUCAUCACUUCAUCCGUUGUCCUUCAGAGUGAUAUAGGAGAGGAGGAGCUAUGCUGUGUUUAUGUUCCCACCAACCAUCUUUACAUUGGUGAUAUAUUCCUGGUCAAUUCCAAGGAUGUUAUUAGACCAAAUUUACCAGUUCGGGAAGGAAUUGAAAUUGUUGUGUCAGGAGGUAUGUCAAUGCCCCAGAUCCUCUCAACCCUGGAUUCAGGAAAUAUUCAAGUGGACAGAAGUAGGCCCGACAGACGCUGAGAGUGAAGACAUUUUAAUGUAGUGAUUUGUUUCACCGUCUCCUGUAUCAGUUUUUGUCAUCCUAAUGGCCUUGUGAUCAUAUUAGGAAUCUGCCAACGGGUUUUGGUUUUUUGAUGGUCGAGUGUUGGAUUCUGAUGGCAUUUGUAGCAUCCGUUUUCAUGUAAAAUAUACGUCCUUGGAAAAUAGUUGGUUUAUAUUACCAGUGAAAGGGGCUUUGGCAUUGGGUUGUGUUUUUCCCGAAAGUUAAUUUUACUUUUACCUUUUUGCUGUUA